AUGGGCGCCUCAGUUGAUUGUUGCGCCGUGCCUCGUCUCUUCCUCCUCUUUUCCUUACUCGUCACUGCACUGGUGGUUUCGGGCCGUGGCAGUGUGGUCUUCCCCGCCACAGGUCGGCUCCUGCCUCAACACUGCAGCGUCUCGAGCCGCCUCCAUGUCCACCUUGACCAUCCCCGCCGACACGGCGUCAGCCUCUUCGCUUCCAGUGCCUCUCCCGACAGUGCAGAUCGCUCCAAGACACUGCGCUACACUGUCGCGUUUCCUCUAGGCUUCCAGCCGAACGUCACUCUCUGUUCUUUUCCUGCUGGGGCCAUCCGUCAGAAACCUGUGUGGCGGCCCCCGGCUGCUGCUUUCCGCAGGUGUCUGUUUUUUCUUUCCUUUUUCGGCUCUCGCGGGUUCCAAAGCAGCUCUGUUUCUGGAACAAGGUCGAACUCAGUUGCGUACCUGUCGGCGCUUUCUGGCAGGCUACUGCCUCUUCGGCGGCGGACCGGGGCCCCGGUGUCUUGCCCCUGGUUUUCUUUGGUGAAAUGCCGUCUGCCCAGGCACUCCUCUGUCCCUUUGAAAGGUGACCGCAGACGCCUAACGCUUGCUCUGGCCCGAGUGAAUGGCGAAGAGAAGGCCGGGCGUGAUGGAGACUCAGACAGGGAAGGCGACGCGCCGGGAAGCCCCCCCUCCGGCGACGCCGAAGAUCGAGAACUGAAUGCCGCCGGGGGAACGGUUAGAAAAGAGAAAAACGGUGAACACUCUGCUUCGCAGGCUGGCAGCUUGUCUGACCAAGUACAGUCGCGUGGAGGAGGCCCGGACUCCUCCCCGCGAAACGAUGACGCCUGCAGUUCCAAUCUGCCCGAUGUCCCGCCAGGUUUAGAUGCUUCUUCCUCCUUGUCUGCUUCCUCCUCUCGUCCUGCUUUUCCUCCUCGCGUGUAUUCGCCAAUUCCGGAGAUUGUCGGGCCUCCUGGCCGCGCAUAUCCGUUUCCCCUGCCUCAGUUGUCUUCAAAGUUAACUGGAGUUCCAGAUGCGCCGAAGCCAACCAAGCAAGGACAAGCGGAAGAGCGCUCCUCCCGGCCCUCUCCGAUAUCUCUCCCUCGCCCCUCGUACCUGCGGCUGCUGCCUCACUACCCGCGAAUGGAACCGCCUCCGGUAAACGACGGCCUGUUGGAGGAAAUUUUCUCGGCCACGUCUCGCGAGGAACUUCACGCUUCCCUGGAAAAGUUGCAGGACUCCAAGUACAUCGAGUGGCUUUUUACCCCGCAUACGUACCGUGACACUGAGGGCUUCCUGGCUGCAACGGACCCGGACGCCAUUCGGGCCCGUUUCGCCGGGGUGUACAGACACCACAAAGAGCAGCUGGAUCGAUGGGUGGAGAGCUUGCGGCUGCAGCCAGGCAGGUCCGUUCGCCUGCCCGCUCUAACCGAGGAGGAACGAGACAAGCUUUUGACCCUGAAGGUCCCAAAACGCUUCAUUGUACGGCGCCCGGACAGACUGGAGAAGCCGGCGGUGGCUCUGCGGUGGAAAGAAGGCGGCCUGGCAGCUGACCGCGAGCUCAUCGACGCUGGCGGUCCAGGGGGGUUUGUGAGGAACCUUGAGGUCGAGGCGUGGGCAGCCCUCUUCCCGGUAGACGAGGAAAGACACAGCGCUCCCACAGGUGCCCACGCAGCCCGGGAACGACUUGAACUGGCGACCAGGCUGCAGAUCCGAGAAUGGCAAGAAGAAAGGCGUGCGAUGGAGCAGGUAGCUACGGAGCCGAGCCAGUGGGAAGGCGAAAGACGAGACGGCCGCAGCGAAGACCCAGCGGCGAAGACGCCAAAGGGACACAUGGAGCGACAAGACGCAGACGAAACCCUCCCGGACGGACUGCGGAAAGCGGCCAGUUUGUGCAGCAGCGAGGAAGGAACAGAAAAACAGAUGAGUGCGCGCGUUCGAGAAGCCGCAGAAGCUCUGGCCAAACAGCAAAUGCUCGCAAGCAUGGGCCUCCCCUCCUCCGUCCAGGCUCUCAUUGCCCGAUACGGUCACAUUACGCCCGACAGUCCAGCAAUGGCCGCUCCAGACGCGCGAAGUGCUUUGCAGCUCCUGCAGCGUGCGGUGGCGGACUCGGAAUCUUUUCUGCUCGGUCACCUUCAUCGAGGUUUGCAGUCCGACGAAGAUGUCCAAGUUGUUCGGAGACUUGUCCAGGCCCAGCGCGAGCGGCACGCGGCGCACGGCCGCCCGCCCCCACGAACUGGACACGCGGUGGAGUUCACGCCGGCCAUGUUCCAAGACUGGGAAGAGACAGAGUCCUACAAAGAGGUUCUCGCCGUCGCCGCGGUGGCGACCAAGAGACGACUGGAAGCAGCCCGCAGGGUCGUGGAGAGCGCUGACGCGAAGGCGAGGAACCGAGGCACGCCACUCGUUGCGGGCGGGGAGGAGAAAAGGGGGGGAGGCGACGAAACGGGGCAGGAUGCGGAGACAGAGGGGACUGCAGUGGAAGAAGGUGAGGCAGAAGGCGCCACCUGGAGAGAACAUCCGAAACAGACGGGAGAUGGGGAACGGGGACAACCUGAUCCGCUGCCUGUUCCGGCGAGGCUUCUUCAGGGCGCUGCAGCGGCUGCAAAGGGCGGCAUAGGCGCGAGGGCUCUCGAGGCGGUUCAGUGGGUUCUCCGCGAGGAAAUCAGGAAAGAGCAGCUCAGACGGGACAAUGAGGAGCACCAUUCGAUGAUGGGCACGAUGGAGGCCAACGUGGUUCGCGCGAGAGACGAACGGCAAACGGAGCUCUUGAGACAGGAAAAGGACCUGAACCUCCAACAGCUGAGGGAACGAGGCAGAGGAAAGACACCCGACGGGAGCACUGUUAGGGAAAGCAUCGUGGGAAGGCAACACCGCGAGCAGCCACGCCACGGUGCGGAGGAACUGGCCGCAGAGCAGACGCUCAUGGGCAGCCUGGAGGCUCUGGCGCCGACUCACGAGGAGAUGGUUGUGGACCGGUUCCGGCGGCUCUCGAAAGAGUUGGGCGAAGCGUCCGGCCUGUAUACGUUCGAGAGCGAGGCACGGGGCCCGCGGGGCCUGGAGAAUCUCAGAGAGUCCGAGGGCAACGAAGCUGCACAAGCGCCGGAGAAAGAAGUUUCGGCGGCAGCACCCAGCGACGGCACACGCAAUGCCACCGAAAGAACAGACGGCGGCGGGCGUCUCGGUACGGGUGGGAGAUCUCUCGAGGAUGCCUCGGCACCUCGUCCCGUCGGGGACAUUUUCGCCGAGAUGGAGGAGGCAAUGCAAGCAGAAUGGAAACGGCGCCUCGGGUACCCUUCUCUCAAGGUAUAUCCCGGGCAGCUCGUCAAAGGCAAAGUUGUGAAGGUGACGCCUUCCUUCGCGUACAUCCACGUUGGGUACGUGUGCGAGGGAGAACUGAGGCUGGACGAGGUCCUCCUGGAGGAGGAGGAGGCCCCCAAGAACGGACUGAAAGCUUUCUUCUCCGUGGGCGACGAGGUGUUCUGCGAAGUGAUCAAAGUCGGAGACGCAGAACUGAUUCUCUCGCUGCAGACGCUUCGCCGGAUCGCCGCUUGGGAGCAGCUUCUCGCGCUCCAGAGGGAGGACCAGCCUCUGACGGCUACGGUACUCCACGCGCACAAAGGUGGGGUCGUUGUCCGCGUGCUCGGACUCCGAGGAUUUCUGCCCGCAUCGCAGCUGCCGACUUCCGUGAAGCCGGGUCCCCAGCUCGUGGGGGCGCAACUGCGCGUUGCACUGCUUCAGGCGGACGUCGAGAAGCAGCGACUUCUCGUCAGCAGCCGCAUUGUGCAUAUUCGCGAGCAGAUGAGACGCGUGAAGCCAGACCAAGUCGUGGAAGGCGAAGUUGUGUCAAUUCACCCAUUCGGCGUCAUGGUGCAGUUUGGCGAGUGCCGCGGCCUGCUCCACGUCAGCGAGGUCUCUGCCGCACGCGUGGAAAGGCUGGAAGACGUUCUCCCUCUUGGAUCUCGAGUCCGAGCUCUCGUCCUUCAUUACGACAAGCCCACAGGCAAAAUCGCUCUUACCACGAAGCUUCUGGAGCGCUACCCGGGUGAGAUGGUGCGGGACUCUCAAGCUGUGUUUGACGCCGCCAUGGACACGGCCGAAAUGUACGCUGUGAGGAAGCGCGAAGAGAAGGCAGCCCGACGUCAGGCGGCGCACCAGUUGAUCGCCGCCCUCGGUUUGGACCCCGCUGCAGCUCUCGGACCUGGAGGGGAACGCGAAGGAGACUCGGUCGCUAGCGACGAAGAAAAGGAACACAUUGACACAAGCUAUGCGCGCAGCUACAAUUUAGAUCAGUCAGGCGAUGGACAUGUUUUGUGGAAAGGAAUCGGCGACGACGACAGCAAGGUGAUGACAUUGCUCUCCCGAAAGCUUCUCGAGAAGGCAGCAGCCCGACGCCGAAAGAGCAGCGGAUCCCGGGGGAUGGGUAAGAGCUUCGUUGAGAGUGUAGACGAGGGCACCCCAUCUGGAAUCGAACUGUUCCGCGCAGAAAGAGAGAAAGUUUUGGAAGCUGUAAAAGCGUCAGGCAUCCAGCUCAAGGGGGCGUGGAAUGUGCCUUCUGUGUUUGAAGCGGAGUGGGAAACGGAUGAAUGGCUCUUUGAGUAA